AUGACCACUUACGGGGCGAAGGCCGCGGCUGCGACAGCGGCACAAGCACAGACCAUGGGCACCACCAUAUUCAACGCAUUCGUGUUCCGUCACCGUUUCGACAGGUGGCCCCUGGCCGGGCUCCGCAGCACGCAAGCCCUUCUGACGCUGAUCACCACCGCGCAGCUGCACCGGAAGCCUCCCAGCGACCUCACCACAGCGGAGGCAGCGAUUCAGGAGUCACACAGCAUCGGCGGAGUGACUGGGGGACGGGGCGAUCAAUGA